AUGUUAUCAUAUUUUCAACCAGAACUCACCUCAUCAAACCUUAAUCGUAAACGAGCAAUAGUAGCACAAUAUCACCAAGUUUCCCUGAUAAAAUUAGAAGCUUAUAUCAGCAAGUCAAGUAAUUCAACUACUCUCACUCGAAUUAUUCGAACAGGCUUUACAUAUUUUCAACAUAAAUCAAGAAUUUUAAAAGUUAUCAAUAUACCAGCUGAACGAGCAACAAAAUUCACUAAUGCCAUUAUUAUGGAUUAUAAUAUUUCAUUGCAAGGAAGUUUUAUGCUUGGUUUAACAUAUAUGGAUGAUUUUGUCUGGGAUUAUAUUGAAUAUCUCUAUUCACCGGCUAUGAAUGGAAACCAUCGUUCAUUAACAUUGUUCAAAAAUGGUGAUAAUCAAACGAAUACGGCGUCUUUUUUUAUUGCGGAUAUUAAUGCUGAUUGGUAA